AUGCGCAAACACCCACGCUAGGUGGGUAGUGAAGAAGAUGGAGCAGUUAGAGAACUUUAUAGACGGUGGUUUCGUUGCUUGCGACCGACAUUUGGAGAGCUACAACCCGGCCACGGGAGAGGUGCACCUUCAGCUCCCGGACAGCGGCGAGGAGGAGGUGGAGAAGGCGGUCCAGGCCGCCUUGAGAGCCUUCAAAACAUGGUCCAAAAUGUCUCCCAAGCAGCGCUCAUCUCUGCUGCUCAAGAUUGCAGACGCCAUUGAAGAGAGACUGGAGGAGUUUGCAGAGGCAGAAUCCCGCGACCAGGGGAAGCCGGUCUGGCUGGCCAAGAAGGUGGACAUCCCUCGUGCAGUCCACAACUUCCGGUUCUUUGGCACAGCCAUCCUCCAUACCCUUGACACGUCUACAAUUCUGUCUGAGGUUCAAGCCACUAACUACACCUGCCGGUCUCCAGUGGGUGUGGCCGGACUGAUAUCGCCAUGGAACCUGCCAAUCUACCUCCUGUCGUUCAAGGUUGCCCCGGCGCUGGCUGCCGGGUGUACCGUGGUGUGUAAACCAAGCGAGAUGACAUCGUGGACUGCUCACCUCAUGGCUAAGGUCAUGAAGGACGUUGGUCUCCCUCCUGGAGUGUGUAACAUAGUCUACGGGACGGGGCCCAGAGCAGGAGAGGCAAUAGUGAAGCAUCCCUCGGUGCCUAUCAUCUCCUUCACUGGCAGUACUGCAGUAGGCCAGAGGAUACAGAGUGUGUCUGCUCCCUUUGUCAAGAGAUUGUCACUUGAGCUGGGAGGAAAGAAUGCAGGGAUAGUGUUCAAAGACGCAGACCUGGACAAGUGUGUGUCAACCAUGGUCAGGUCUUCCUUCAUCAACCAGGGAGAGGUCUGCCUCACCACCAGCAGGAUCUACGUUCAGGAGGAUAUCUUCCAGAACUUUCUCGACAGAUUCGUCAAGAUGACAAAAGAGAUAAAGGUUGGUGACCCUAAUGACCCCGACAACAUGCUGGGAGCUCUGGUCAGCAAGGAGCACAUGGCCAAGGUCAAAGGUUACAUCGACCUUGCUCGCAGCGAGGGCUGCAGGAUCGUGUGUGGAGAUGAAGACCUGAAUCUACCGCAACACAACAGAAAUGGCUACUUCCUGAGGCCGACUGUAGUGUGUGACGUGUCGGAUGAGAGUCGACUCAUGAAGGAAGAGGUGUUUGGACCCGUCACUUGUGUAGUCCCUUUCAAAACUGAAGAAGAGGCAAUACGUCGUGCCAAUGAUGUGGAGUAUGGACUGUGUGCGUGUGUGUGGUCUGAGAACUCUGGAACCACUCACAGAGUGGCUCAAGCCAUGGAGGUGGGCACAGUUUGGGUCAACUGCUGGCUGGUGAGGGACCUGAACGUGCCAUUUGGAGGAGUCAAGAUGUCAGGGGUCGGCAGAGAGGGUCUCAAAGACUCUCUGGAGUUCUACACUGAAGUCAAGACUGUCUGCAUCAAACACUGACACACUAUGAAAUAUUAAUAUUGCUAAAUGGAAUGUGGCAGUAUAAUUAUAAGGACAAGAUUUAGACUUUAAAGGGGGAUCUUAAUUGCAUUCAUGCACUGGGUCUUUUUAGUUUCAUCAUUUAGCGUAUGUACUGACACAUUACUUUUAAAUGUGUAACUUGUGUUGUUAAGGACUGCAUAGUAUUGAAUGUAAGCUGAAUGUCAAUUAUGCUAAAAUCACAGAAAAACAUGUGUUUGUACAAAAUCAUCUUAGAAUCUGUAACGGCUCUGCGUUGGUAGCUACUGCUUUGUAUACAUGUGGAUGAAUUGUAUUGUGCAUUGUGUGCUGAGUGUGUCAGUUGAAUACUUGGACUCGGUCGUUUCCAGUGUCACUGACAAAGACACAGCCAUCAUCUCUGACAGCUAUGGCAUAUGGGUCAUUGAACUCUCCAUCUCUGUUCCCCUCUCUUCCCGAAUGACUUGAUGUACUUGCAAUCCUCAUCAAAUACUGAUACUCUGGGACAGUCGCAUUCAACCACAUACACCCAAUCGUCAGGUCCAACUGCCACACUGACUGGUCCUCUUAGUCCCUCCCCUGCUCCGGUG